AUGACCUCCAGGACCCCUCUGUGGGUUACAGCCUGUUCGCGUUACUCUUACCACAACUUAAGACGUCUGCGGUGGGGUGUGAGGAAAAGUAAAAGACCGGUAUUUUCACAUCCCCAGGUACCAGAAGCUCAGAAGACUGACAACUCCAGCCACCUGAGUGGGCCCAGGGCUCGCAGCUGCCCAUGUGUCCCUCCAGACAGGCUGCUUGCUAAAAUGAGGGAUCUUCUUCAGUACGCCGCCUGCUUCUUUGCCUUUUUCUCUACUGGGUUCUUGGUUGUGGCCACCUGGACAGACUGUUGGAUGGUGAAUGCUGACGAUUCCCUGGAGGUGAGCACCAAAUGCCGAGGCCUCUGGUGGGAGUGUGUCACGAACGUUUUUGAUGGGAUUCGCACCUGUGACGAGUAUGAUUCUAUCCUUGCCGAACACCCCUUGAAGCUGGUGGUAACUCGAGCGUUGAUGAUUACUGCAGAUAUUUUAGCUGGAUUUGGAUUUAUCACCCUGCUUCUUGGUCUCCACUGUGUGAAAUUCCUCCCUGAUGAGCCAUACAUCAAAGUCCGCAUCUGCUUUGUUGCUGGAACCAUAUUACUAAUAGCAGGUGCCCCAGGAAUCAUUGGUUCAGUGUGGUAUGCUGUUGAUGUUUAUGUAGAACGUUCUUCUCUGGUUUUGCACAAUAUAUUUCUUGGCAUCCAAUAUAAAUUUGGUUGGUCUUGCUGGCUUGGAAUGGCUGGGUCUCUGGGUUGCUUUUUGGCUGGUGCUGUCCUGACAUGCUGCUUAUACCUCUUCAAAGAUGUUGGACCUGAAAGGAACUAUCCAUAUUCCAUGAGGAAAGCCUACUCAAAUGCAGCUAUUUCCAUGGCCAAGUCAUACGUAGCCCCUCGGACAGAGACCGCCAAAAUGUAUGCCGUGGACACGAGAGUGUAAAGUGCCACACAUCAG